GACAUCUCUUGUGUCUCCCCGUCGUCAGCUCUGGACAGUGAAGCUCCAUUCGGCCCCGUUCCAGUGGACCUCGAAUCUCCGCCAACUAGCUCGCCUGGUUCUGCUCCGACUGCCCAUUUACUGGCAAGGCGACACAGCUGUGUGAGCGCGAGGACAGAAGCUGCGGACAUCUCUGGCGUCCCUCCGUCUGUCGCCGGGGACGGCACGGACCGGGAGAAAUUCAAGGACGCGUACCUGAGCUCGCUGUGUCUGACCCAACGGUCCCCCCGUCCGCGGGGCCUGCCCGUUCUCAAAACAAGAAUAUCCCAGUUUGAAAUGUUGACCAGAUCAACGCCACCCCGACUUGACCUCGCUGGUCAGGGGGCGGUCGGUGUGAACACUUCCGGCUCAGGCACGGACAUCGGGGAUAGAGGUCUAAUCCAAGAGUCUCACAAUAGGGGUCAGCCGUCAGUUAAUAAACGCGCUAAUGAUGUUACUGUGAUAACAAGUGAUCGAUCCAAUCGUGGAGAUAGUGAUCGUGUGAUACAAGAUAGCAGUUCUGUGGAUAAUGUGAUACAAGGUAGUAGUUCUGUGGAUAAUGUGAUACAAGGUAGUAGUUCUGUGGAUUGUCUAGAAAAUUUGACACCAAAAGUCAGAGGCUAUCGAGCUAAAAAUAAAAAUCUACCUGACUUAAUUGUUAAGAACAAAAUUAUAGAUAAUGUUGACAGUCCCUCAACACCGGGUGUGGUCUAUCCACAAGCCUCACCCAGCCCAUCUGAGAUCUAUCCACAAGCCUCUUCCAGUCCAUCUGGGGUCUAUCCACAAGGCUCGUCCUGUCCAGCUACGCCCAGUCCCUGUUGUUUCGCCAACCCCACCGACUCCUCGGUUAGAAGAAACCCGCCCGGGUACAGACCACCUGUGCCGCCAAAACCUAAACUGCCGGCGUGGUUGAAAAAGAAACUGUUUGCCAAAGUCGAAACGCGACAUUGGACGCACAGCGAGCAGGAAGCCUCAAUGACCCGAGUUAAGCCCGGAUUAAGGCAGCCCCCCAUCUCACACCCGGGGCACGUUCUCCUGAGGAGUUUCAGUGCGCCAGUCCAUGACCAAAGUUUACAUUUCUCGCCAUCUGGUCACACGCCAUUGGUUGAUUUCGAGUCGACAGGUUCUUGCGUGACGCCCCGUGGUACCGAUCCUCACGCGGUGGCUGAUGGCGUAGACGUAGACACAUCCGUUUGCGGUACUCUUCCAGGUUCGCUGAUGGAGCAGCCUCAGUUAAGUUUGGAUAGUCCGACAAGAUUUCGUGUGAAGGAUUUUCGUGUCCCGUCCUCGGCCAUCAGCAAGGCUUACACGGAGGAAGAGAAGGCGUUCAUUCAGGAGUCGCUGCGUCAGUCGGGGUCUCGGCGUGUCAGAUCUCAGAGUCUAGAGUCCAGCGUUGUCAUGGUUGAACCAGG